CUUCAGCAAGAGGAUCCAGAAGAGCAUCUCGCAAAAGAAGGUGAAGAUCGAGCUGGACAAGAGCGCGCGACACCUUUAUAUCUGUGACUUCCACAAAAACUUAAUUCAGAGUGUGAGAAACAGAAGAAAGAGAAAAGGAAGCGAUGACGAUGGUGACUCGCCGGUGCAAGACAUCGACACUCCAGAGGUUGAUUUAUAUCAGUUACAAGUGAACACACUUCGAAGGUACAAAAGACACUUCAAGCUACAGACCAGACCGGGACUUAACAAAGCACAGCUUGUUGAAAUAAUUGGCUGCCAUUUUAGGACAAUUCCAGUGAAUGAAAAGGACACCUUAGCAUAUUUCAUCUACUCGGUCAAGAAUGACAAGAACAAGCCAGAUCUAAAGAUGGAUAGUGGUGUUCAUUAGACAGCAAAGAUCGGGACUAAGACUCAGGCCACAAAUCAAAAGACUGAGGGUUUUUGUUGAAAUGCAAAAGCUUUCUUUGUAACUUUCUCCCCGGAGAGUUUCUCUGUUUUAUUUUUUCAUAACCUUGAUGAUUUGUUUGAAAACCAUCUCUUAUGAGACAAAUUUCCUUACAAACUAUUUUAAAUAAAUAUUACUGAUAUUGUUCCUCAA